AUGUUCCACUUCAAGAAAUCUGCAUGUCUAAAAUGUGCCGUUGAGUUGGGAAUCCCAGAUGUGAUCAGUAAUCAUGGGAAGCCCAUCACACUUUCUGACCUGAUUUCUGUCCUCCCAAUCCACCCUUCUAAAUCUGCCCACAUUUUUCGCUUAAUGCAAUUCUUGGCUAACUCUGGAUUCUUUGUUGAAAACCCUCAAGGCUAUGCACUCACCUCUGCAGGUCAGCUUCUUUUGAAAGACGAGCCAUUCAAUGUACGGGCACACAUUUUUCUAUCAUGUGAUCCUGCCCUGUUGAAGCCCCGGAAUCUCUUGAUCGAGUGGUUCCAGAAUGAUGGUCCCUCUCCAUUUGAUACUGCAUAUGGGAAUAAUCUCUGGGAUUACAGCUUGACAACUUUUGCUGAUGUUGGGGGUGGUACUGGCAAAGUUGCUAAGGCCGUUGCCCAAAACUUUCCUAGCAUAAAAUGUACUGUAUAUGAUCUCGCACAUGUCGUUGCUAAUCAAAAAGGAGCUGAGAACUUGGAAUUUUUAGUUGGAGAUAUGUUUCAAAGUGUACCCUGUGCUAAUGCAAUCUUGCUCAAGGUAACUAAAGACAUCCUGUCACUGAAUUCUGAUUUUCUUUAG